AGCAUUGCAUCUGCAUCAUCGCGUCCAACGCCAUCGACCAUCAGCUGCCACAGCAUCACCAUCACCUCACCAGCAAACCCGCGUGUCACGCUCUUCAUCAACACGCAGCUCGCCACAGCCAGGCCGCAACGUCGGAACUCUGGCUCUCGCGCCUUGCAGCAUCACUUCGGCUUUCCUCACAAUCACCACAUUGAGGGAGGGGAGACUAGGAUAAAAACGACUCCGUUGUAGAUUGGUCAUGUUUGACGCAAGACGUAAUUCCUCUUCCAAUUUUUACUCUUCCGAUUACAUACCAAGGUGAACGGGCUGUUUGUCUUCCAUCACCUUCUCCUACCCUCCUCAUCAUCACAAACAUCAUCAGCCGUUCUGAUACCACAAACAUCCAUCCAUCAAAACCCCCUCUUCCCCCCUCCAUCCUUCUCCCGUCUUUAGAGAGAGGGAGCAACAAAAAAGGUUCUUCGCAGCAGCAGAGAGAGAGAGAGAGACAGAUAGAGAGUGAGGAAAGUUCGGAUACCUAUUCGCUAUCAAGUCUCGCCGGAAGCAUCGCCACCACAUAUACAAACGAUACGUCGCCAGGUCCUUCCCCGAUCAACCGGAGGAGAGGCUGCGGAGAAACGUGUCGUGUCACAGUGGGAUCCUGCAAGAAGAGAGGAACCAUCACAGAAUGAACUACCCAUCACCACGAACACCUGGAUCGACCCCGAUCCACGAGUGGGAAUACACGCGAAUGUCUUCCGCCACUCCAACCCCAUCACCGCGGCCAAGCUGGGUCGAGACAACGCCUCGACGCCCGGCAACGCGUGCGGCUCACAGCCGGGCCAGCAGCUACUCCCAGGGCGGCUCGACGCCUCGGGCCCCGGUCGAUUCGCCGCGUUACAACAGCUCCGGCCAGUAUGCCACGGUUGAUGUGAGUCCCAAAUAUUUUUCGUCGUCGCGCGGGCCCUCCGGGUCGUCUCAAACUCCUGCCUGGCACGACCGCCGAUUCUCUCACACCUAUGUCCGGGCUAGAACUCCGUUUGGAGAAUCCGACGAGGACGAGAUCUUCGAGGCUUCGGGGCGCACCUAUGUGCUGCUUGCCGAGUCGCGGGCAAGGGGUCGCAGGAACUCGCAUAAUGUUCAUGACUAUGAAGGGAUACGGUACACUAAUCGCGACGACUACCCACAGGGUACCGCCUACUAUCCCGACUACAGCCGUGAAGCCGCCUACGACCAUCCCCCUUCCCAUGUCCGGCCUCCCACCAGCCACGGCCACACUCGCCGCUCGUCGGCUGCCGCGGCCAACAUCCCCCCGAGGGCCUCCACCGUCCGUCCCUCGACCCAGACUCACCGUGCCAAGGCUGCCGCCGCCACGGUCCCCAAGGCAACCGAGGCCGAUGCCCGCAAGCACCGGAUCCCCACGGGCUACUCGCUCAAGAACUGGGACCCGUCCGAGGAGCCCAUCCUCCUGCUCGGCAGCGUCUUUGACGCCAACAGCCUGGGCAAGUGGAUCUACGACUGGACCGUCUACCGGGCCGGCGCCAACUCGCCCUUGGCCGACAUGGCCGGCGAGCUCUGGCUACUGCUGAUUCAGCUCUCCGGCAAGGUCAAGCGCGCCGAGGACGUGGUUGGCCGCGUCCGCGGCGCCGAGAACCGAGAGAUCAUGAAUGACUUCAUCGAGGCUGGCGAGCGUCUCACCGACAAGCUCCGGUCGCUCCUCAAGGCCUGCGAGGCCCCCAUGCUCAAGGCCGCCAAGAAGAAGCAGUCGGGCCUGGGCAAGAACUCGGGUGUUGAGUUCGUCGACACCCUCUUUGGCCGCGACCGAGAGCUCGCCAAGACGGAGAAGUUCAUGCAGAGCGUGCGGCUCUUUAGCCUCAGGUUCGAUGCCAACUGCGAGGGCAUCCUGCAGAACCCGUCUGCCUAGACACACCACCCAAACGGUUUACUGUUCGCUGUUGACGGGUUUUUUCAAUUUCCUACCUGGCUGUGUGAGAACAUCCCCGCUCCCCCACAAUCCAGGACAAUCGACUCCCCAGAGGAUUUUGCCGGGAUCGAUGCCUUACCAGAGGAGAUGCGGCAUGGAUUUGCCUUGGAUUGCUAUUGUCCAUUCCAGAGCGAUUCCGGCUUCUCCCAGUAUCCCUAUCUAAUCUUUCCUUCCUUGACUAUUCUCCAAAUUGGCAACUUCCCCCAAGGAUCCCGGACCAUCGAAAGUUGAUUAAGGGCCCAUUCCGCCGGAUGGACUGGCCACGAAAGACGAAAGACUGUACACUAAUACCUGCCUUUUCUUGGUUCUCGUCCGAGGAUUUCCUAUGGAUACCCAAUCUUUCGGACUCUUUUUCUUUCGAUUUAUUUUCUUUUGUCCCGAACACGGUUCUGGAGCGAUGAUCGGCUUUUCUUUUCUUUUCUUUACUUUACGCU